AUAAACAAAACCAAAGAUGGGCACCAUAGCUAACCCUAAAGAGCUCAUAUCGUAACACCUCUAAAUAAUGAUACUCCAUUUACUUCAAUGAUGUUAAUAAUAUAAGUUACAGCAAACGGCUUUCGGCUACAGGUUUAAGCUGCACUCCACCGUCUCGGACGCUCGCUGUCAUCUUCCUGCAAACUCCUUGGUCGCAGCAUGACUUCUGGAUCCGUCUCGCGCUUUGAUUUUCUGGUGGUCGGCGGAGGAUCCGGUGGGCUGGCCGGUGCGAGGAGAGCGGCUGAACUCGGUGCCACCACUGCCGUGAUCGAAAGUCACAGACUCGGAGGUACCUGCGUCAAUGUUGGAUGUGUUCCUAAAAAGGUUAUGUGGAACACAUCCACUCAUGCAGAGUAUCUCCAUGAUCAUGAAGACUAUGGAUUUGAGGGAGCAAAAGCACAUUUCAGCUGGCAAAUCAUAAAACACAAAAGGGAUGCUUACGUGAGUCGCCUGAAUCAGAUUUACAGGAGCAACCUUGAAAAGGGCAAAAUUGAGUUUAUUCAUGGCUAUGCAAGGUUCACAGAUGACCCUGAACCCACAGUUGAAGUCAAUGGGAAGAAAUACACAGCAACCCAUAUCUUAAUCUCCACUGGCGGCCAUCCAUCCACAGUCAGUGAGGAUGAUGUGCCAGGAUCCAGUUUAGGCAUCACCAGUGAUGGGUUCUUUGAACUUGAGUCUUGCCCUAAACGUAGUGUUAUAGUUGGAGCAGGCUAUAUUGCUGUGGAAAUGGCUGGUAUUCUUUCCACUCUUGGGUCUAAAACGUCCAUCAUCAUACGACAAGGAGGGGUGCUGAGGAACUUCGAUGCCUUGAUAAGCUCCAAUUGCACCAAAGAAUUGCAAAAUAAUGGUAUUGACUUACGGAAAAAUACUCAGGUGAAGUCAGUGAAGAAGAAUGGCAAAGGCCUCUCUAUAACACUGGUUACAAAAGACCCGGAUGACAAGGAUUCACAAGAGAAGUUUGACACCAUUAAUGAUGUAGACUGCCUGCUGUGGGCCAUUGGCAGAGAACCCAACACCGCCGGCCUCAACCUCAGUCAAAUAGGUGUGAAACUUGAUGAACGGGGUCAUAUCGUGGUGGAUGAGUUCCAGAACACCUCUCGUCCAGGCGUCUAUGCAGUCGGGGAUGUUUGCGGACGAGCCCUUCUGACACCUGAUGAAGCAGUUAAGACGUAUGGAAAAGACAAGGUGAAGGUUUACACCACUUCUUUCACCCCCAUGUAUUACGCCAUUACCACUCGAAAGAGUCAGUGCAUCAUGAAGUUGGUGUGCGCUGGUGAAAAUGAAAAGGUGGUCGGUCUCCACAUGCAGGGCUUUGGCUGUGAUGAGAUGCUUCAGGGUUUUGCCGUAGCCGUUAACAUGGGGGCGACUAAAGCAGACUUUGACAGAACCAUUGCCAUCCACCCAACGUCCUCAGAGGAGCUAGUAACACUGCGCUAAUCAGUGCCUUUUCAUUACAUCUCCACUGCAAUCCAAAGAGUGUAAAUGUAAACAAAUGUAAUUCCCUGGACUAUUGUUCCAUCUACAGAACUAACAGUGUAACACCACAAGCAUAUGUUUGAUAUUGGUUGUGUAAAGGUUGCACACAGUACAACCAUUUAUCAGGCUGCGUCUCUUGUACAGUACCUCAGAUUUUUCACAGGUAUUAUUGUCUGCUUGGAACGGAGUCAGGUAAAGGCUUGAUUAUGUUAUAGGGUCAAAUUAAAUCUGUUUAAAGUCAAACACUGUUGCUUUUCUCUUAUAUUUCCAGAAUAUUAUAUUCAGAGUUGAUUUCAAUAGUAGCGGGUAGUGAGCAGAGCUUAAUAUGUGUAACAAAUUGUGAAUCAGAAUACAUUUAUUAAAUAGAUUUGUGUCUCUGUGUGGUUAAUGGAUCAUUUCUUGAUUUAUGUAUUGGCGAGGUCAAAAUGCUUUUAAUAACUGUCAAUUUUCAGGAAAACUUA